UUGCAAUAAAUAAGAUAUCAGUCAAAAGAACAUCACUUUGUAACGGCUGAAUAUUUACUAACAUACGGCCACUGGUGUAAUACGCGAAAUAUGUUGACAAAAUAUUACUCCGUCGUGAUACUUUGUCUGACCGUCGUCAACGGAGCACCUGGAGAGCCCGGGGAACCGAAAUGUUUCUCCAAAUUUGACUACGACGAGAAAAUGUUAAUGAAACAAUUAAGACUGGAGGACAAAGUUCAGAAAUUUGAGGAUUUUAUUAAUGAAGUAAAGGAAAAGGAGGAAAAGGAAAAAGAGGAGCGCGUUAAAUUGCUUUCUGCAGAGUUAGGGAAAUUCAAACAAGAGAAUGCGGAAGAGAUUGCGAGACAGAAAAAUGUGACGUCAGAAAUGCUCAAAGACUUGGCGAAUUCUAAGAUCGAGUUGGAAAAAAAAUUGAACGAGAAAUCAGAACCUAAGAAAGAGGAAGUCGUGGCAUUCACCGUCGCUUCACCUGCGAAGGGUACUAGUGCAAACUCUAUGACUUUCACAGAGAUCAUUACAAACGAAGGUAACGGGUUUGAUACAUCGACUGGCACGUUUACAUGCCCUGUUAGCGGGCUGUACUACUUUUCCUUACACAUCAUGAAAAAGAGGUCCUCGAGUACCGACGCUGCCGGAUGUUCCAUUUAUCUGAACGGAACCGGUAAGGUGAGAGCUUUUGUAGAUCCACAGGACGGGUCCAAUGGUGCGGACAACGGAAGUUAUGGGGCUUCGAACUCGGUAUACCUCUUACUGAAGGUUGGAGAUGUGGUGACCAUAGAGGGCUGUACAACUCGGUCUUCAGACGACGUAGAAUCACAAACCUCGUUCAGUGGUUACUUAGAAGAACGAAUUUGAGAAAAUAAAACUUUAAUGACUGUUAUCAGUACAUGUAUAUUUUUUUUAAAGCAUAUUAAUUUAAUCUACCGUAAGACACUUACCAUUUACUGAAAGAACAAAAUACAAAAAUGUAAGCCAAAAUAUAUGUCAGAAAUAAUAGUUUCUUCUUUAAUCAGGGAGGUGAAAAUAUGGUACAAACAUAGUAACUGGUGUCAUAAGUGCAAUCGUGAACCGUUCAACAUGGAUUGUAAGUAAUUUUACAUUUUCUUAUUAGUGUUUGAACUCAUCUGCAGACGUAUAGGUAUAUUAUUUAAAGCGGCCUUCAGCUUUUCUAAAGGUUAAAUAUGUUAUUUUUAGAUACAUUUUUUUCAUAUAAUUGUCAUGUGAAAAAUAUUCAUGUGGAGCAUUUUUACACAUUAAAUGUCUUAAAGCG